AUGUCUAUGGAAGAGGAUAGAAAUCACACUUCAGUGGUCAUGUUUGUUCUUCUGGGACUCACAGAUGACAAAGAAUUGCAGCUUGUUCUCUUUCCAGUCUUCCUAGGGAUCUACCUGGUGACCUUGUUCUGGAAUCUAACUCUGAUCAUCCUAAUCAGAAUGGACUCCCAUCUGCACACACCCAUGUACUUUUUUCUCAGCUGCCUUUCAUUCAUAGAUAUCUGCUUUACUUCUUCCAUCAGCCCGAGAAUGCUUUCAGAUUUCUUCAAAGAUGAAAAAUCAAUAUCCUUCAUUGCCUGUGCUACCCAGUAUUUUGUGGCAGCUUGGAUGGGUCAGUCUGAGUACUGCCUCUUGGCUGCCAUGGCCUAUGACAGAUAUGUGGCUAUUGGGAACCCUCUACAAUACUCAACCAUCAUGGCACCCGGACUCUGUCAGAAAAUGGUAGCAGGAGCCCUCUUGAGUGGUUUCCUCUGUAGCUUACUUGAAACUAUCCCUUGUUUUAAUUUGUAUUUUUGUGAAUCAAAUGUCAUUCAACAUUUCUUCUGUAACAUAUCUGAGAUUAUUAUCUUGUCUUGCUCUAGUCCUUUUAUUACCCAAAUGAUUCUUUUCCUUGCUGCUGUGCUUGUUGGAUUUGGGUCUUUGCUCAUUAUUCUGUUAUCUUAUGGUUUUAUUGCAGCUUCUAUCCUGAAAAUAUCCUCAGUCAAAGGUAGUCUGAAAGCCUUUAAUACCUGUGCCUCUCAUUUGGCAGUUGUGACCCUCUUCUAUGGCACAGCUCUUGCUGUGUACAUGCAUCCAAGUUCUGGUCACUCUGAGAAGAAGAACAAGGUAUUGUCAGUGUUUUAUAUCAUCAUUAUCCCCAUGUUAAACCCUCUAAUCUACAGUCUGAGAAACAAGGAGAUCAAAGAUGCCCUCAAAAGGAUGAUAAAGAAGGCUACACACUUUUAUGAAUAA